CUUUAAAAGUCAGGGGAUAAAUGAGAAAGUAGAGAAUGCAAAGUACAGAGAGUCAGGUGACUUUUAAAAUACAUGUCUAAUGAAUAACACGUUUAGAUUUUGAUAGAUGUAUGAGAUACUGAGUCAUUAUUUUGAGAAAGUUUCUCAUUAAAAGAACUUACAGGAUUUAAACAUGUUUAUCACAGCGAAGGAAUUAGUUUACAUAUUCAGUUUGAACCCUCUCAAUAUCCUCAUGUGCGAAUUUAAGAUAUAUGUAAACCUCCACCAUCCCUGAGUCACCAACUUUCUGAGUCUCAUCUGCUCGAGCUUCUUUUUUUUAACCAUGUCAUCGUCACUCCCUGUGACGUCUGAAGAGCUGGUGUUUCCGGCGGUGUUUGAACGCAGCGCGCAGACAGAUGUCGUCGCCUCUCAGCAGCAGGAGGAGCAGGAGGAGCAGGAGGAGAAAUCUCAGCCCCUGGAUGUGACUGACGGCUGCUCCCGACCUGAAAGUUUCCUCCCGAACCAACAUGUGCUCCUCUGAACACCGGAGGCCUCCUGCUCUCAACUCCCCGUCACUCUGAGAAAGUUUCACGCCUCGCUCCUGCUCCUGGAGGAGAAGCGGCUCGCGCUCGCUCCGUGUUCCGGGACUACACUCCAUCCAUGCUCGGCUCGGUGAGGAGCGGAUCCACCGGGAUGUGAGGUUUUUUUUUUAAUUCAGUUCAGCGAGGAGGAGAAGAAGCGAGCGAAGCGCCGGAAGAGAGAGUCAAAGUCCCCCGGAGGUGCGUUCGAGCCGAAGUUAUGAAAAUGACCGGAGCCACGGAAACUUCUUUCAAACUGGCUUUGAAGAAACCGCCCUCGCUGCGGAGCGCAGAGGACCUUCACACAAUCUACUGCCACCUCUACCACAUGGACGUCCUCUCUCACCUCAGGGAACACCAGCUAAGGUCGAUGUGUACCUCGGCGAGAUAUGAGAGACAUGAGGCUAACCACGUCCUGUUCUACCCAGACAGCAUCGCUACCUGUUGGUACAUCCUGCUCUCUGGAUCAGUCUUUGUCAAGGAGCACAUGUACCUGGCAAGGUGCUGUUUUGGCAAGCAGCUGGGGGGCAGACGAGGCUGUGAAUGCAUCACUUUGGAGCCGUCAGAAAUGAUUGUGGUGGAUAACGGCAGCGAAGGGGACGACAGUUUUCUGCAGAGAGAGGGGUCCCAACGGAGGUCCAGACGCCGCUUCAGGAGGGUCAACCCCCGGGGAGAGCGGGAACUCAUCACGGAUGGCCAAGAGCCUGCCAGCUACAACACGGAUUAUGUCAACAAUCAGCUUCCUGCUGACCUAAAUAAGAUGCACCUAACAGACCACGCCCACCAGCAGGUGAUGCACAUGCCUCCCAGCCAAUCAGGAUGCAGCAUCGCCAGCGACUCAGGGAGCAGCAGCCUAUCAGAUAUUUAUCAGGCCACAGAGAGUGAGCUGGGAGAUGUGGACCUGUCUGGACUUCCAGAGGCUGCUGUGGACAGCGAGGAAGAGGAGGAGGAGGAUGAAGACCUGGAGAGAGCUUCAGACACUCUCCUGGGUCGAGAUCUAGUCCGGGAGUGUCUGGAAAAAGACCCGGCGGACCGCAACGAUGACGACAUCGAGCAACUCUUGGAGUUCAUGCACCAGCUGCCCGCCUUCGCCAACAUGACCAUGUCUGUGCGGAGGGACUUGUGCAGCGUCAUGGUGUUUGAGGUAGUGGAGCAGGCCGGCACGGUCAUACUGCACGACAAACAAGAGCUGGACCUCUGGUAUGUUAUCCUGAAUGGGGCGGUUGAGAUAAGCCACCCAGAAGCAAGAGUGGAGACUCUUUGUAUGGGCAACAGUUUCGGGAUCUCACCCUCCCUGGACAAACAGCACAUGAACGGAGAAGUUCGCACCAAGGGGGACGACUGUCAGUUCGUGUGCAUCGCUCAGGAGGACUACUGGCGCAUCCUCAACCAUGUGGAGAAGAACAUGCACAAGGUGGAGGAGGAGGGAGAGAUCGUGAUGGUGAAGGAGCACCGCGAGCUGGACCGCAGCGGCACCAGGAAGGGACACAUCGUCAUCAAGGGAACCCCGGAGCGUCUGAUCAUGCACCUGGUGGAGGAGCCGUCGGUGGUUGACCCCACGUACAUCGAAGACUUCCUGUUGACCUACAGGACCUUUCUGUCAAAUCCCAUGGAGGUCGGCAAGAAACUGCUGGAGUGGUUCCAGGUGGACAGUCUCCGGGACACGGUUACGAGAAUAGUGCUGCUGUGGGUCAACAACCACUUCAAUGACUUUGAGGGUGACCCGGCAAUGACACGCUUUCUGGAGGACUUUGAGAAAAAUCUAGAAGUAUCAAAAAUGAAGGGCCAUUUGCGGCUCCUGAACAUAGCGUGCGCUGCCAAGGCUAAGUGGCGUCAGAUCACUCUGCAGAAGGCGUCCAGGGAGUCGCCGCUCUACUUCAGCGUGCAGGGCGGCAGCGAGAGAGGAUUCGGCAUCUUUGUGGAGUCAGUGGAGGAAGGGAGCAAGGCUGCAGAGGCUGGACUCAAAAGGGGAGAUCAGAUCAUGGAGAUCAAUGGUCAGAACUUUGAGAACAUUUCCUUCUCCAAAGCCGUUGACAUCCUGAGAAACAACACCCACCUCUCUCUCACGGCUAAAACCAACAUAUUUGUCUUCAAAGAGCUCCUCAGUAGGAUCGUGCAUGAGAAGAAGAAUGGCGUCCCUCAUAUUCCCAAGAUCCAGGAGAAAAAAGGGAACCGCUUCUCCAUCCCUGACCUCCCCGGAGACAUGGAGUUCCCUACGGACCACAAGAGCACCAGGAAACUGAAGGCCAACACGGUGUCAGGAGGACGCAACAAGAUCAGGAAGAUGCUGGAGAAGACACGCUUCACCAUCCUGCCACCCAAACCUUUCAGUGAUGGAGGCAUGGGUCAGUCCCAAGACGACAGCAUUGUGGGUACCAAGCAGUGUCGUCACAGUGUGGCCAUCAUGCCCAUCCCUGGCAACCUGUCAUCCAGCAGCCCCGACCUGCUGCAGCCGGCCACCAGCGUCCUCGACUUCUCCAACCCUGCAGACAUCCCGGACCAGGUGAUUCGGGUGUUCAAGGCCGACCAGCAGAGCUGCUACAUCAUAAUCAGUAAGGACACUACUGCCAAGGAUGUGGUCACCCACACCGUCAAUGAGUUCGGCCUCCUCGCGGCCCCGGAGACCUACUCCCUGUGUGAGGUAUCGGUUAGCCCUGAGGGAGUCAUAAAGCAGCGGCGCCUGCCCGACCAAUUCUCCAAACUGGCUGAUAGGAUUCAGCUCAACGGCAGGUACUACCUGAAGAACAACAUGGAGACAGAGACGCUGUGUUCUGACGAGGACGCCCAGGACCUCCUCAGAGAGAGUCAGAUCUCUCUGCUGCAGCUCAGCACCAUGGAGGUCGCUGCCCAGCUCUCCAUGAGAGAUUUUGAGCUCUUCAGGAACAUCGAGUCCACAGAGUACGUGGACGACUUAUUUAAGCUGGACUCGUCAGUGGGCAGUGGAAAUCUGAAACAGUUUGAGGAGGUGAUCAACCAGGAGACUUUCUGGGUCGCCACAGAGAUCCUGAAGGAGCCCAACGCCCUGAAGAGGAUGAAGACCAUCAAGCACUUCAUCAAGAUCGCCCUGCAUUGCAGAGAGUGCAAGAACUUUAACUCCAUGUUCGCUAUUAUCAGCGGUCUGAACUUGGCCCCAGUGGCUCGGCUGCGGAGCUCGUGGGAGAAGUUGCCCAGCAAGUACGAGAAGCUGUUCAGCGACCUGCAGGACGUCUUCGACCCGUCCAGGAACAUGGCCAAGUACCGCAAUACCCUGAGCAGCCAGAGCAUGCAGCCUCCCAUCAUCCCUCUGUUCCCGGUGGUCAAGAAAGACCUCACCUUUUUACAUGAAGGCAACGACUCCAGUGUCGACGGUCUCGUGAACUUUGAGAAGUUGAGGAUGAUCGCCAAGGAGAUCAGACAUGUGGUGCGGAUGACCUCUGCCAACAUGGACCCGGCUCUCAUGUUCAGACAGAGGAAGAAGAGGUGGAAGAGUUUAGGGUCUCUGAGUCAGGGCAGCACCAACUCCAACAUGCUGGACGUGCAGGGCGGAGCCCACAAGAAGCGAGUGCGUCGCAGCUCGCUCCUCAAUGCCAAGAAGUUGUAUGAGGACGCCCAGAUGGCCAGAAAGGUGAAGCAGUACCUGUCCAACUUGAUGGUGGAGUCGGAUGAGGAGAAACAUCAAAUCAUGUCCCUGCAGUGCGAGCCGGCCUACAGCACCUUGUCCAAGAGCUUGAGUGAGAGACGAUCCACCAAGUCGGACAUGUCUCCGGUGUCUCUGCGGUCGGCUUUGCCGUCUGGGAAAACACAGAACCGGGUUUCACAAGUCCUUCAGGUCCAGGUCCCACUGAACCAUCUACGAAAGAAGAGCACUGCCAAGGACAUCGGCACACCGAACUCCAAUUCUCCCCAGGUGGUGAAGAAACCGCCGGUGAACUCUUCAGAGGAGUGGAGCACCAAGAGACCAUCUGAUGACACCGUCUCCACCAUCUCCUCCCUUCACUCCAGCCCCACAGUGUCACCGCAGGGCUCUCCACGCAAAGUGGGAGGCGUGGCCAAGUCCCAGAACUCCAGCCAGAUGAACUUGUCGGGAUCUUCGUCGUCACUGACCAGCGACGCAAGCACAAAGGCCGGCACCGUCAGCCUGCGCAGCUACGGCAUAGGUUACGCCCUGCUGCCACCUGGUAAAGCAGACAACCUGUCGGACUCCAGCCACAGCGAGAUCUCCUCCCGCUCCAGCAUCUGUUCCGUGGACUCAGUGCCGGCUCCCGGGCUCGAAGACCGGUGUAACAGCAGUAACAGAGCCUGUAGCAUGCCGGCUGCUGUCACUGCCACAGCCACCGCGACGACAGCUGCUGCAGUUGUAGAGAGCACAGCAGCGACACAAGCACACUCAAAUGCUGAUUACAACCAGCCCAGCACAAGUUCGUCGUCGACAGCGAGAGGAUACGUGACGCGAGCCUCUACCUUCACCUCAUCCAUCUCAACUGAGGAGCUGACCCCAGACCACACCUCUCUGGACUCAGUGGCCGACAGCGGCCGUGGCAGCUGGACGUCCUGCUCCUCCAACUCCCACGACUCCUUCCAGAGCCUCCCCGCCUCCUCCUGCCGCCCCUGGGACCACGGCAUCCACGGACACCCGCUCUCCCUGCCGCACACGCACCUGGCUGGCUUCAAGCACACGCAGCUGGCCAGGCCGAUAGCGGAGGUCGAGGCCGCGGGUCACGCGUGGGCGAGCGAAGGCGCCGCCAAGCAGCACGCCAGAGACUCCAGCUCGGAGCUGUCCAAUCAGUCGCGGCAGAGCUGGGCAUCGUCCAGCUCGCUGUCGGACACCUACGAGGGGAAUUACGGGACGAUAAAGCGGCGAAACACCUCAGAGCGCCCCUCCUCGCCGAGCAACGAGGAAGGAGGUCAAAGCACAGACCCUGCCUACAAAACGGUGACAUCAAGCACAGACAAGGGCCUGAUAGUGUAUUGUGUCACCUCCCCCGCCAAGGAUGAGCGUUACCGUGCUCCCCCUCCCACCCCUCCAGGCUACCAGGGUCUGGCUCUGGGGGAUCUCGGCCUCACAGACGGAGUAGUGGGUGGGCCCGGAGGUCUCGUUCCCAGGCCUCCUCACCUCAAACCUCCGGACUACAGCGUGGCGCUGCAGAGGAGCAAACUCCUGCAGAGCCCUGGAGCAGCAGGCAGUUUGGCUGAAGCGCGGAGGCUGGCCGGUAACCAUCAGGGCUACUCCAGACCGCCCAGCAUCUGCCUCCCACCGCAGGAGCUGGCCGACAGUGAGGAUGAUGAACAAGUGUCAGCGGUGUAAAGGAGGUGACGUCACACUCACAUAUUCUCACUCAUGGACCAGGUCAUGUGGAUCAGGCUUUGGACUAAGUUAGCAGCCUGCCGCCACUUCCUGUCAGAGCACAUUCUCCACGCCUUCCCCCCACAGAUCCUUGUGUGACACCACCAUGGACCAUAAUGCACCUCUGGACCUCAUCCGAUGGUUCAUGUUACCGCUCUCGCCACCUCCAGGGACUCAUAUCAUCGUGUUUUUUAAAAAACGAUUCAACAAAACGAAGACGAAAAGCAGGAUUUUUUUUAAAACUCAGAAGAAAAGGCAGCGUGAUGCGGUCACAUCGCGCUCGAUGGACGUCACAAAAUGGACAAAUCUACGAAGGAAUGAGAGACAGUGACGAUGCCUCAUGAGUAGAAGUCAGCCUCCUUGGAAACAGACCACCAUGUACCUCCAUUUUGUGCUGCCAGCUCUCUUGUCUCUUUGUUUUUCACAGUUUUAAAGUUGUACAGCGAUUUUUCUUUGUAUAAAGUUUUUCUUCUUCUUCUUCUUCUUCUUUUCAUUUGCAUCUUUGAGCUUUACAGAGUUUUUAUAUGAGAACAGCGAGGAGGAGCAGACAAAGGGAUUGAGCGACAAAACGCUCGUAGGACUUUUUUUGAUUUUUUUGCUGUUUUUGUUGUCUUCUCAAAAGAAGAUGAAUGUAGACGAAUACGAGACAAGAAAAAUGACUGAUAUUGAGAUUCAUGGCCUGCCUGGCACUGAUAAUGUAAAUUCACAUGAGUAACAUCAGUUCCAAUGCACAAAUAAACCAACUUUAUUUUCCCAAAACCAACACGUGAGGUCAGGAAAGUCCUCAGGUGCCAUAAAGAGCCCCUCCACAUAUUCUCUCCUUCCUCUUUUUGGAGAAAUGAAACAGAACUAACAGAGAGCACGUCUGUUUGUGUUUAGCACUUAUUGUACUUUGUUGAGCUUUUAUAGUAAAAAAAAAAAAAGAAGACAAGCAGCAUCUCUCAGGCGUCUCUGUGUCGUGCUCUCCUCUCACCUCUCUUAUUGCUCGUUCGGCCUGAUGCGAGGUACUUUAGCCGCAUGCUGCCUCCUGGAUGUUCCAUAAAAAAUAAAACUAUAUCGUAACUCUUUUUUUUUUAAUGAGCUGAAGAACAAGCGCUUCGCUGCUUCCCGUAGAGUAAAACACGUGCUGUUAUUUUUAUUGCACAAGCUACGACAGAAACGAUAAAUUAGCACUGAGUGGCCACACAACGUGCAUGCGUAUACACUCACACACUCACUGAAACUGUAGUUGGUGUGGUAAGAGAAAAAGGACGGUGUUUACACGGAUGCUUACACGUUUUGUUUACAGUGUUUAUUAUAAGACUUGUUGUCUAUUGAAUUACGAGCUGAAAUGUUAGUUCUACAGGUUCACUUUGAAAUUGUACAUUUGUUUAUAAUGCAGCAGGAAUAUGCAGACGCAGCGUUAACGUCGACUACUUGUACCUCUCUCAUCUCUUUUUUUUUUUUUUUUUUUUGCUUCAUGAUGUAUAAUUUUUCUCCUCAUGAUGUAUUUUAACGCCCGGCUCGCUCAUUCGCUGUUGAUAGUAGAAUAUUUAAAGGAUGUGCUUGAGAAUUGCUUGUGUUCAGACAUUCAGAGCAACAUUUCUGUAAAAAGCAAAAUGUAUUUUUAUGUGUUGCUCAGCGCUGCAGCAGGGGGGGUGCAACUGGAAGUUACUGGACGUUUCUUUUCCUUCUGCCGUCUGUCUCGCGCCGAGUGACGCUUCUUUUGUUUUGCCACACAAAGACUUGAAAUGAUUAUUGCUAAUAUAUACAAGGCAAAUAUAUAUAUAUAUGAAUUUAUACAUAUAUAUUUUUGUUGGUUCUCUGCCAUAAAUUAAUGUCAAGUGAUCAUGUAUAGAUGAGAGAAGAGAGUCCUCUAUAAAUGCUAUUUUUGAAUAUUUUGUUAUAAGAAAUGAUCCGUGGCUGUGAUUGCCCUCCGUCUGUCUGUGGGCAGGAGUCUGAAAAGGAACUUUGAGUUUAUCCUUAUCCUCGUUCUUGACAUGUUUUUUUUUUUUUUUCCCUUCACACUCUGUUGUUGGUGCCAUUUCUGAAAUGUCUAUAAGUGAAAUUGCUGCUGUGUUUUGGGAUAUGACUGUGUGUGUGUGUGUGUGUGUGUGUGUGUGUUUUGAAAUUACAUUUGCGAGGACGUGAUCAACAUAGAAUUUAAAGAAAACCCAUUUAGAUGCAGUCUGGGCUCAGAAGUCAUUUUCAAUAAAAGCCCUUCUUAUUUGCUCUCGCCUGCAGAAAGGUGGGCCCCUCGUGGGGCCCCCUGCUGUCUGCAUCAUGGCACAAGGUGAAUUCAUUCAAACUCAGAUUGGAUAAUUGAAAGGAGUUUUUAGAUGCUAUUAUAUUCCGGUGUGUUUGAACUGAACAGCCACAAUGCCACGUUCUCUCCGAUCCCUUCCUCUUUCUCGUCUCUGUCACCUCAGCAGGACUCAAACUGUUUUUCCUCCUCACAGUCGUCCUCCGAUGGAUUUCACUCCAUCGCUUCAGGAACUUUAUGAAUCAGCAGAGUCCACUGUGACCCCUGAGUUUCUUUUUAUAAUCUGAAAACGAUCUCGAUGGUAGAAACUUUGAAACAGACUGAGAGUCAAACUGACACCUCCUCUUCUUUUUUUUUUUGCACAACUGUUUUACUCAGAUUCUAAACUACAAAUCAGUAUUAAUGUUCUGCAUAGAUUUAAAAGAAAACUGGCCCGUGCUGCUUCUGUUAGUCGCCCCGGUCGUGAAUGAUGAGGAGUUCAGUCAGAAAUCGUAAGAUUUUUAAGCUGCUUUCAAACGUUGGAUCGGGAGCAAACAGUUGUUUUUUUCUUUUUAAAUGAAACGUCGGCACAUGAUUAACUCUUUGUUGAUGUAGAAGUUAUAAUAGAGUUAGUUUUGUUCCUUGUCUUUGCUCUAUUAGCACUCCACGUGCUCCUCUCGGUUUCUUUCAGGGCUAAAUUUCACUCAGUAAACCUCUGUCCUCCUCGCUUACAUACGCUCGGUAUGUUUCCAUGGAGAAUCUGACAGUGAGCAGCUCUCGACACUGUGAACACAAGAUUUUUGUGUUGUGAAAGUGUCACCCCCCCUCACAGCUUGAUGAAAACCUGCCUGACUGUCAUUUAGCCCCAGUGUCCCGCCGCUGUCCCUGGAAUGCAAUAAGAGAGAUGUGAAUGUGUUCGAUGUCGACAUCUUUUUUUGGCAUUAUUGCAGAAAUGCACAACAAUAAGCUUAAAUGUGGUGACUGUGCUGCACAAUCUGUACAAAGAGGUAUUAACUUGGUCUGUGGCUUAAAGUUUGCUUUUGUCUCACUUCUCAUAGCGGUCGUCAACUUAUGUCUUUUAGAAAGACAACAUGAUUUUUGCUUGUACGCUUUUUAUGUAUUUUUUACGAGUGACUGUAAAUAGUUGUUAUAUUUUUGUUUAAGAGAAUGUUGAAAAGGAAAAAAAUGACCUUUUAUUUCUCCAAGUCUACUGAUAUGAAUUUGGACAAUGAAUAAAAUAAU